AUGGGCACUCAGAGUGAGGUCUCGUCUAGUCCGGAUCGUGUGCAAGGAGAUCUCAAAGCAUUUCCCGAGGCCGUGAUUACAGAACCCAGCUUCUUCCAGAGAGCAGGCGGCAAGACUUUCGAAAUCGAGUCGCUUGCUUCGUACCACAAGCCCAUCGACGAGUCGUAUGAAGGAUACCACAGAUAUGAUCCCGACUUCCAAUGGGAGGGAAAGGAGGAGAAGCGGGUUGUUCGUCGGAUCGACUACCGGAUCUGUUCCUGGGUCUGCUUGAUGUUCUUUGCGCUUCAGCUGGACAGAGGCAAUAUCUCGCAAGCUUUGAGUGAUAACAUGCUCGAAGACCUUGGCAUCUCGACGAACGCUUACAAUACCGGGCAGACCAUAUUUUAUCUCAACUUCCUCUUUGCCGAACUACCCUCGCAGCUCAUCUCGAAGAAGAUUGGACCGGACAAUUGGAUCCCAAUCCAGAUGGUGUCGUGGUCGCUGGUCGCAAGCAUGCAGGCGUGUCUAUCGGGUCGCAGUUCUUUCUGGGCAUGCCGUGCUCUUCUCGGUCUCAUCGAAGGUGGUUUCAUCCCCGACAACAUCCUCUACUUGAGCUACUUCUACACUGGACGAGAGCUUCCGAGAAGGUUGUCUUUCUUCUGGGUUGCCUUUCAGCGCACCAGCAUUGUCUCUGCGUUCUUGGCAUUCGGUAUCCUGCACAUGUGGGGCAUUAACGGCAUGGCUGGUUGGCGGGAUCGUCUCUUACUUCUACCUCCCACCUUCGCCAACCCAAACGGCGUCUCGCUUCCGUCUCGCUUCCGUGGCAAGGAAGGCUGGUUCAGCGAAAGAGAGGAAAAGAUUAUGGUUAACAGAGUCCUCCGCGAUGAUCCCAGUAAGGGUGACAUGCACAACAGACAAGAGCUCAACCUCGGCAUGUUGUGGCAAUGCCUCAAGGACUACCACAUGUGGCCGAUAUAUCUGAUCGGACUCUCUUGGAUGAUUCCUGCGGUGCCAAUGAACAAUUACUUGACCUUACAGCUGAAGAGUGUUGGCUUUGGGACCUUUGAGACGAAUCUCUUGACGAUUCCAGCUUAUGUGAUCUUGAUUAUGAAUCGCAGUCCUUGGGUGGCAUGGAUCCUCAGUUGCUUGGUAUUCGCGAUGCCGUACUUCCACGCUUCUGGCUCACUCUCCUCUAGCAGAAACGCAGGUUCGGUGCGGACGCGGACGGUGGCUUCGGCAAUUUACAACAUGACCGUGCAGGCAUCCAACAUAAUCGGCUCAAACAUCUACAGGACUCCCGACAAGCCUACCUACUAUACAGGUAACAAGGUCCUUAUCGGAAUUAUAUGCUAUAACAUAGCACUCUUCGUUGGCGCCAAGUUCUCCUGUGUGAAUGAAAACAAGAAGAGAGACGCGAUUUGGUCCGCCAUGUCGAAGGAGCAGAAGGAAGGUCGUGUUUACAAGGAGGACAAACCCACUUUCCCCUAA